UAGAUAAUGAGUUUGAAAUUGCAUUGUGGUUGGCUUAUCAUAGAAGAAUAUUAAAUUUGGUAAUUAAUAUUAGAAAUAGGAUGAUGACUAGGAUAGAAGAUAAAAAACAUGAUAUGGCUCCAGUAUUUACUUUAAUACAUAAACCAGUAUCAAAAUUUUCAGAAAUCUACCAA